AUGGCUGCCGAUCAAAAUGUCGCUGCAUUACUCGCAGCUCUAACUGCGCGACCGCCUGGAAGCCAAGGUCCUGUACAAGGUUAUAAUGGCAUGCCCCAAGGACUUGGGCAGCCAGGUCAAAACAUCACUUCUCCUCCUCAGGGUUACAACUUGCCGCAGCCUUCUGCAUCAGGUUCCCUUGAUCUUUCAAACAUAAAGCCUACCACCUCAGGGAAAGUUUCCCUUGAUGAUGCUGUCGCGCGAGCGAAAGCUCGUGCUGCAGAGAUGGGAAUUCAACAGGGCUAUAGAGAACAAGCACCCACUCGCUACGAAGAUCCUCGAUCCCGCUAUGGCGCUCCUCCUCGUCGCUCACGCUCACGCUCGCGAUCUCCCCCUGCUCGCCGUGGACCUGAAUUUAGAGACGCAUAUAACCCUUUCCGCGACGAGCGCCGUGGUCGCGCUACAAACGACUAUAGCACUCGUGAUAGAGAGCGCUCAUACAGCCCGCCCGCGCAACGCCGCGGUGGACCUCCCGGAGGAGGUGGUGGUGGAUAUCAAAACUCGCCUCCUCCCGCGCGCGCUGAAGGGACUAGAUUUGGUGGGCAUAGAACUCGUUCUCCACCGCCGGAUGCGGAACAAAUGAACAUUGAAUCUACACUCGUAGGGCUUAUUAUCGGUCGCGGUGGUGAGACUUUACGGCGCGUAGAACAAGAAACUGGCGCAAGGGUGCAGUUCUUGACUAAUGGUCAAGACCGAGACAGCGGCGGCGAAAGAAUAUGUAAUAUUCAAGGAAGCCGCCCUCAGAUCGCUGCUGCCAGAAGAGCCAUUGAAGCUAUUAUUGCCGAGAAUGGUCCUUCUGGUGGAGGUGGUAUGGGCGGUGGGCCCGCAGGUGGUGGUAGAGGCAAGUUUGGCGGCGGUGGGGGCGCCGGCAGUGGUGGUGGGGGCGCCGGCCAGCCCAACCUAAGAGACGGAGAGGACUCAAUACAGAUACUUGUCCCAGAUCGUACAGUCGGUUUGAUUAUUGGUCGUGGCGGUGAAACUAUUAGGGAUAUCCAAGACAAGUCCGGAUGUCAUGUCAACAUUGUCGGCGAAGCUAAAUCGCAGAAUGGCCAGAGGCCUGUAAAUCUCAUUGGUUCGGUAGCUGCUGCGGAACACGCCAAACGAUUGAUCAUGGAAAUUGUCGAGAGCGAUAAUGCUGGUACUGGACCACCACCUAGUAUCGGAGGCGGCCGCCCCGAGCGAGGCCCCCCAGCAGGCAGCAGUGGUGGAUACUACGGCGGUCAUGGUGACGGUGGACGCGGUGGGGGCAGUGGUGGGGCGGAUGGAAGGAUAACAGAGACCAUUAAAGUCCCUAUUGACGCGGUGGGAAUGAUCAUUGGAAAAGGCGGAGAAACAAUCAAAGAAAUGCAAUCCUCAACCGGAUGCAGAAUUAAUGUCUCCUCCCAAUGCAACCCCAACGACCCCGAGCGAGAAAUCGCCCUCGCUGGAACCCGCGACGCAAUCAACCGCGCCCGCCAAGCUAUCGAAGAAAAAGUGGAAGCCUCUUCACGUAAUGGGCCACCAAACCGCCCACAGCCUUCUCACGCAGCAGGAGGGGGGGGACAUUCACACCAUAGCAGUGGAAGUGGGCACCACAAUGAUUCCUAUAACCAAUCUUCACAGACACAGCACCAGCAACCGUCAUGGGCAGCUUAUUCGCAGCCCCAGCAACAGCAGCCUGCAGCUGGCGCGCCACCUGGUGUUGCUGGUGUGACUCCAGGUGUACCUGCCGACCCUAGUGACCCAUAUGCGCCAUAUGGAGGAUACCAAGCCUAUUGCGCAAUGUAUUACGCUGCCAUGAUGCAACAGCAAGCAGGAAAUACGGGCAGUGCCGCACCGGGGACCUAA